AAGCCGGUGCGUUUAUUUGGACCAACUUUUUCAAGAACUAGUUCUAGUAAUUUGAAUCUCAAUAACUAGGAGCAGUGUAAGAUUAUAAAAUCGUCAGCUAUGAAGUAUCCAUCUGAAUUUACUCCUGUGGCAAACAAGCAAGAAUUAUGCAAGCAAUAUGUUGGUAAAUCUAUAAAAGAAUUACCAACCCCAUCUAUAGUAAUUGAUCGGUCGCAAUUCCGGGCAAAUUGCCGACAAAUGAUUGAGAAUGCCAAGAAGCUCAAUGCUGAUUUCCGUCCACAUAUUAAAACCCAUAAGACAGUAGAGGGUUGUAUCGAACAAUUGGGUGAUGGAGAAGUAUUCACUGAUAGAAUUGUGGUGUCCACCAUGAUGGAAGCGUGGGGUGUUUUACAGAUUCCUCAGGUUCAAGAUGUUCACUAUAGUUUACCAGUGGUCAAGUCAAGAAUUCCAGAGUUUGCUUCAUUUAGCUCUCGUGUAUCUCAUUUCCGCUUAAUGUUGGAUCAGAUUGAGCAGUUAGAAGCAUUGGCUGCUUAUAGAGAAGCCAAUCCUUCUAUUAAGAAAUGGUCUAUCUUCAUUAAAGUAGACAUGGGGACCCAUCGUGCUGGUUUGCCUGUAGGGGAUGAAUUAGGGUCAUUACUUCAAAAAGCACUUAAGGAUCCAAGAAUUAAAACGCAUGUUGAAAUCUACGGACUUUACUGUCAUGCGGGGCAUUCCUAUUCCUCUACUUCUGAGAAAAUGGCCAAGGAUUUUCUUAUUGAUGAAAUUAACUUUGCGAACGAUGCUGCAUUGUUAGCUAAAUCGCUUGAUCCUAGCUUGCAAUUAGUUCUCUCUGUGGGUGCAACUCCAACCGCCAAUGCUUCGUCGCUGUUGACUAAUGAAGAAUUACUUGAAAAGCUUCACAAUCAUAAGCUCGAGGGGAAGUUAGAAUUACAUGCCGGAAACUAUAGUUGUUGUGAUUUACAACAAUUAGCCACUGGAUGUAUCACACAAGCUACUAUUUCCUUAACUGUCCUUAGUGAAAUUGUUUCAACAUACCCCGGCAGAGGUGAUAAUGCGCCCGGGGAGCAACUUAUCGAUGCCGGUGUCCUUGCCUUGGCAAGAGAGUUCAGUGCCAUACCUGGGCAUGGUAAAGUAAUUGAACCAAAGGGUUUUGGAGAAUGGACAGUAGGAAGAUUGAGUCAAGAACACGGGGUUUUAACGCCUCUGGAUAGUAGUUGUAAGUUUAUACCAUAUGGGACCCAAGUCAGGGUAAUUCCCCAACAUGCAUGUAUUGCUGCUGCUGCUCAUCCAUUCUUUUUUGUCGUUGGUGAUGAUAACACAGUAGUAGAUGUGUGGGUUCCAUUGAGAGGUUGGUAAGUUAGCUGCUAAAAUACUUUGUAGCUACGUUAAGAAUUUGCGCAGCUGAGCAACAUAGAAAAACUUGUAUAACUAUUAUAUCAUUUCUAGAGCUUUAUUAGUAUGUAUUUUUACUAUUUUUUU